AUGCGGCGACGACCUGGCACGAACACUGGCAUCAGGAACUUGACCAAGUCGACCUGCACCCGCGCCGCGCCGCGCCGCGCCGCACACGACCCUGCUGGCCUAGACUGCGUCCGCGACCCUCCACCGAUGCUAUCAUCAAGAAACAGAGCCACCUUCAGACUCCAAGGAACUCCAGUGCCCCAGCGGCCUUUCGUGGUCCCCUCGAGCCCUGCCGCGGACUGCCUGCUUGGUCCGCCGAUCGGCCGCCUGGCACUGUUUUCAUGCACAACACACUUGUACAACAUCACUGUAGUGUGGAGCCGCGGGUACCGGGCCGGCAGCGGCGAGGCGGCGGGCCCAAAAGCCCAAAUGCGUCAAUCUUCAGAGCCCGAUAGCGGGCCUCCCGAGCGAGCUGCACCGUUCUUACUGUAG